AUGAAAGAAGUGGCAUGGAAGACUGACUCAGGUGGUACUGCAAGUUUACCAAGAGCUUAUUCUUGCAUCAGAACAGGAAAAAGGAAUCCACGCAAGAAGCAAACCCUCAAAGAACAACAGAAACCAGAGUCAAAAAGUUUAAAAAACAAGACCAAGAAACAAACAAAAAGGAAGAGUGGCAAGUUAAAAGUGCUAAAUAAAGCAAAGAAAGUAAACAAACCCAGUGACAGUGGGUCAGAGAAUGACUUGGCUAUUGACAUAGAUGCAUUCGUGAACCACGCCCCUGUCAUGGCAGAUGUUGAUAAAGCUGCAUGCCCUUUCUGCUCUGUGAUGUGUGAAGAUGUCACUCAACACAUCAAAGAAUCCCAUGAUUUAGGUAAGGGAACAGCCAGGACUUAAAAUUGUUCCCCCACCUCCUGUUUGAGCCGACACAAACCUUGAACAACCUGCCUUAGUUAACCGCCAACAUGGUUGCCACAGGUCAAGAAAUGUGAAGGAAAAAAUAAAAUGUUAAAAGUCAGGGAAUUUUAUUUUGAUUCAGAGAAAAUUGAAGUUGUGAAGAAAGGUUGGGGAAGAUUGCAAAUUGGAAGGAGAAUCAGGGAAAUUUUAAACUGAUAACACUAAAUAACAACCAACAAUUUCCGAUACUACCCCCAUUUUUCCUUGAAAUGAUGUCUGAGGAACAAGUGCAGAAAUUCCAAAAUUUACUUCAUCUGGCUAGAAGGACUACCCAGAUGUGGGUUUAGUGAUGCAGCAUUAUCAGUGUGGAAUUUCUGCAUUUGCUUUCUAGACAUCAUUUCAAGUGGAAACCAGUGGUGGCAUUGCAAACCAUCAGCUGUUUUCUCGGGCUGGGUAAUUUGAUAGCAGAGCUCCACGUGUACGCUUCUCGCGCGAGUGGAGCUCCAUACCUAAGAAAAUUUGGUAAUCCAUCCAUCCGAGAAAUUUUGGUAAUGGCUUGACCAUACACUCCUUCACCUGUCUGUGUGCACCACAGGCAAACCAAAGUCUAAUGUCAAAUUUUCUAGCUAGUGUGGAAGCCUGUAACCUGUGGUUAACCUGAUAAUAGACAUCCAUAUUAUGGUCAAUUGACCAGUGUCAAAACAGGGUAUCCACUGACCAGUGUCACAAGACCGCAUCAUGGGCUCAGGUGCUAACUCAUCGAGUUCACGUGUUUUUUUGAAGUUUUCUGCUGACCAGUUAUUAGCUUUUUAUUGAUCCCGGGCUCAAGUUUAUGUUUUUCAGUCAUAUGGUUUCCCAUAAAGUUAACUAUAGAUUUGUGGUCUUUUCAGUAGUUUCAAGUCCAUUGUCUGCAGUAAAUUUAAAAUGCAUAAACGGGAACUUCACUUUUAGCUCUGGCUAAAUCUAUUUAUUACCUUUUGGAUUUAUGAGUUAGUAUUUACUCUACAUGUUACUUUUGGAAGGGGAGUUUUUACUCCAGGAAAUUAGAGUUGAAAUUUCAUUGUCUUAUCAUUACAUUGCCAGAAUGUGCUGUGGUAGAUAACAGUGAAAAUGAAGAAGAAUCAUCAGCUGAAGCAGAUGAAGUAUCAACAAGUGAUCUAUGUGAUGACUCUUCCAGUGAUCAAGAUGAAGCAAUGUCGGACUCAUCUUAUGUUCCAGAGGACAUUUCAGAUAGUGAUGAAGACUUAAAACCACACCAAAAAAGCAAAAGCAAAACAAAGAAUGAGCAAACUACAUGGAACCAUACUAAAAAGGUAGGAGAAGCUUUUACACUGUUAUCAUUUAUAUAAAAAUAAUGCAACUUGUGUUAUCCAGAAUUUUUCACCGUAAAAAUAACAAGUAACUACAACCACUACAGAAGGUGCUCACCAUGCUCGUUUCAUUGCAAAAAGAUGACAAAGGGGCAAUUUUUUGUUUAAAAGUAAUGAUCAUUUUACAUUGAGGAACUGGGGCAGUUUCAAGCCCAACAACUUUUAACCAGAGAAGUUAUUAUCAUCAUGAUUAAAAACUCUUGGACACCAAAACCACUCUUUCUUACAUCUCUUCAGGCAGCACAAUGUUAUGAGCAGUGGAAAACAGGGGGAUUACUUCAAGCAGUUAUAUUUUAUGGUGUAAUAAUACCUGCUGUAAGGGUUUCUAGGGUUAACCAAUCUAGUCCUAUAUUUUUUUGUUUUUCUUAAGCUUUUGGGUAAGCUUUAUCAAAACGACAGGCUCUUGUCCUGUUUCCUCCCAAGAAAUUUUUCAUUUGCAAAAUAUUAACUCUAAGUAGCAAAAAUUAUCAAAAAAAUUAAUAGUGAAUUAUCUCUCUCACACUUUCUUUUGAAGAAAAAUGACGAAAACUCUGAAAGUGAACUGAACAUAGAUGUGGACAAUGUGCUAAACACAGGCUCAGGCAUUAGAGACAUUGAUGGCCUGUGUGUACAGGCAUGUUCAAACUGUGGUCUGAUUUUCAAGACAGUGGAUGAGCUAACUAAUCACACUGCUGAAUGUACCAACAAAGGUAGUGGCAUUUGUUUUAAAUGGAUUUAUCUGUGCUAAAUAGCAUUUCUUUGGGAGGUUCAUAUGCUGGCAUUGCUGAGAGAGAUCUUUUAGCUCACUGUAUCUACUCUUAAGCCUGGUUCUCAUAUGCCGCCAAAGUACCUACAUCAUAACCGCCAGUACUGCCUGGCACCAGUGCACCUUACUGUUGCUCUCAGGCCACUAGGAAAUGAGAUUCUUCAUUAAAUUUUUGGAUCAAUUUAAAUUUCUGGGAAACUACCUACUUACCCCUCCCCUAAGUCAACAUUUUGCCCUAAGUGAGAAGUAAGUGUUAAUGUUGACUUAGGGAAGGAAGGGGUAGGUGGGCAGUUUCCCAGAAACCUAGAAGGUAAGUUGAUCCAAUUUUUUUUACUGGGCAACCUCACAUGUACUGAGCAGUGGACUCCCUUUACUUAUUCUUAAAGCACAGCCUUGAGUUUGGCACAGUUUUGUGUUUUUGUAUGAUAUUAAUUAUGAUAAUAAUUAUCAUUAUCAUAAUUAUGCUAUAAUUAUAAUUAUUAUAGUAUGCCAUUUUUAUUGUACAUUUGUGUCAAAACACCAUCAUGCCUUUGUUUACAGAUAGUAAUAUGGACAAGCCUAAGUUCUGCUGUAGCUGCCGUGGUUGUGGAAUAAAAUUUAACCAGUGGCAAGAUUUAAGAAACCAUCUUGAUGAGAAGUCAGGUAAAAAGAAAAAUGUGUGAUUUUCUGCUGGCCAGGCUACAAAUAAAGCAGAAAACAUUUUCUCUCACACAGAGCUGGAGGUAUCAGUUUGAGAAUGACGGGAGUGUUUAGGUCAUAGGGUGGUUCAAAGUUUAGUUCGUUUUCUUGCCAUUUUCGUUUGCCCUGCCUGCCCUGCCCGAUCAACUCCGAGAAGUAGCCAAAGUAAAAAUUAGGCAAAAGAUUUCAAAUUUUUCCCUCUUCCCAUCGUCCCCUGCGCGCUUUCUAUUUUUCCGGUUAUUGCUAUUUUUUAGUGAUACCCAGCGGGAGCCUCUGCGGAGGAGAGAGCCAUUAGGAAGUACCGCUGGAGAGGUUUUAUUUAAAUGGUCACACCGCAGGAUUUCGUCCACAGAUUAAAAAAUUAGAACCACCUUUAUACCGCACUCUACCAUUUACUUUAGGAGUGGAAGAGUUAAUCAGGGUUAAUGAAACUUUGCGUUUUGUGAAUCUUACCACAGACUGUCGAAAGUGUCACCAGUGUGAAGAGUGUGGAAAGAUCUGUCUGACGUCCAGCUUCCUUAAGAAACACAAGCGCCUUCACUCCAGUGAACGGCCUCACAAAUGUUCGAUAUGUAAUGCGGCGUUUAAAGAGAAAUCCUACCUGAAGAAACAUAACGUGACGCAUACUGGAGUCAAAGAAUUCAAGUGUGACUUCUGCGAUAAACGGUUCUCCCAUCAACGUGAGUUCUUUUAAUACACUGCACUCUGUACCUUACAUUUAGUUCUACUUAAACUGAGAAUAAGCUUCAAACGACGUUUGUCAAAUCACUUUCGUCAGUUUUUACUUAUGGCUGAGUGGGAGGGGGAGCUCGUUAGGGGAGCUCAUCUUUCAUCCCUGCGUGGGAGGCUAAGGACCCGCCCACACGUAUGCGGAUAUAUAUAUAUAUAUAUAUUUUUUUUUUGAAAAAGAAGAUUUUUUCCUCCGUUUUCGAAAAAAUACGCACAACACACGACCAAGUCCAUCGGCCGAUUGAAAAGUGGCCUCUGGAGCGAGCCUGCAUAACAGGUCUAGUUACCCUUGGGCGAAAAAGACACUCAAAUAAGUUUCCAAGGCGUUAUGCACGUCCUUUUGACUCUCUGGUUUCCCCAAUACGUAUUUGCUGGAUAGUGAUUUAUCCGGCGAAUAGCGCUAUUCAACGUUUGAACGACUGAGGCCCGAGGAGAAAUUAUUAUGAUCAAGAAGCGACUUUCAGCAACAUUCAAAUGUUGGAUAGUGCUAUCCGCUGAAUAAAUCACUACCCAUAGGAUAAGUAUUAUAAAUAAAUAAAUAAUAUAUAACGAUUUAAAGGUAGCAUAUCCACUCAAAGGUUCUUCGUCUACCUGAUUCCUGGUCGAAUUGGAAUUUCGAAAUGUUGGUUUCUGCCGGGGAGAGGGGAAAACCGGAGUAGCUGCAGAAAAACAUAUCGGAGCAAACGAGAGAACUAACAACAAACUCAACCCACAUAUUAGUGGAACCAAUUGCGUUAUCCGGUGGAUAGCGUUAUCCUGUUUAUCCACCUUUAGAACAACUGAGCCCAGGAAAAAAUUUCUAAAGAUUUUACGAAAAGGAUCACGUUGAUCAGGCCAGGCUAGUUAAGGUAACUUUUUGUAUCUUCGCGGGUGUAAUAUUUUAAUCUAUUUUAUUUUUAUUUUCUCACGUGUUAGGUACCUUGAAAGAGCACCGGAUGCGGCAUACUGGCGAAAGACCGCAUAAGUGCCAACAUUGCGAUGCUUCCUUUAUCAACUCGACCGGACUCAAAAAUCACAGCGCCAAGCACACGGGCAUUCGUCCACACAAGUGUCAAAUCUGUGGCAAGAUGUUCACCAAGUCCUACGGCCUCAAGAUGCAUUCUCUUUCGCAUUCAAAAGACAAACCUUUUGUCUGUGAGGUAAUUACUAAAUCUAUCUUCAGAAAUUUUCGAUUUAGAAAACUUUGGAACUUAAAGCCUUAUUUAGUUCCAUUUACUCUUCUCCUCAUUCACUUGUCUAUUCGCUCGACGGCGAUUGCACUUGCCGUCAGUUACAUAAAACCUUACUUCAGACUGUUUUUACUAAGCUGGUGUUAAAGGGGCUAUGGUGGUAACCAGUGUUCUCACCAGGAUUUUGCCUUGGGGAGUCCCAGGGCCCCCUCUUCUGAGAAAUAGGGGCCCUGUAAGAACAUUAGGGGGACAAAGUUACAAAAAACACGCGGUACGAAGAACCUGAGCCCGCACUCCAAAUUGUCUGUUACAUGAAGUACCUACCUGAUCCAAUAUGGCGGAAGAGGUGUUUACGAUUCGGAGGAGGAGUUUACGAUGUAGUGGGACGUGCGUGGGACCAAUGCCCGGGGGGGGGUACUCCCAUACAUUACCUAUACGGGUAUGUGCCGCCCAAAGGGGUCGUGAUUUUGAAGCUCCUGGUUUAGAACGGGGUAUCCAUUUCAGACGCGGUUUCUAGAACGGGGUAUAAUAUUUCGAACGCACGAAAGCUCUCCACUUUUGUAAGUAGCCAUUUGAAAGCAUUCAAGGACAGAUUGCUUUUAAAAUACGGUUCAGUGCGUUAAGAAGCAAACCGUUGUACUCUUGUUGCACCCUAGAACGGAGUAUAAAAAAUUGGCCCAUUUCUAGAACGGGGUGUUAGUUUUAGGGCGAAUUCUAGAACGGGGUAUAAAAAAUUGGCCUAUUUCUAGAACGGGGUAUCAAUUUUAGGGGAAAUUUUUUCUAGAACGGGGUGCCAAUUUGGAGUCCCGGGCGGCACAUACCCACCCAAAAAAUACCCAAGUGCCCCCCCCGGGGACCAAUGAAAGUAAAGGCAACAAAAUUAAAGACUUUGACUCAUUUGAUAUCAUGUUUUUUUAUUUAUUCAAACAAACAGAAUGCUUUAGUGUUAGGGUGACCAUUAAAACUACUUAAGUCCGUUUGACUCGUAGCUUGCCCCUGCGCCCUAACGGGCGCAUCUUCUUGGUUUUAAUGCGCCAUUUCAGUUUUUUCUUGCGGGAAUCCCGCAAGACCGCGGCCUGGUGAGAACACUGGGUAACGAGGAUUCUGUGCUGAAGUUACUUACGAAAGGCUUUGAGGUCCUUUGACCCAUUCACAAAAUGCUCCUGUAAAAUUAUGAUGAUGUGAAACAAAUUUCUUUAGGACGCACUAAUCAUAAUCACUAAUCAUUUUUCUAGGUAACUUGAAGAGGUUGGCUCAAUUUUUUCAAUCCAUGUUUUAAUCCGUGUCCAUCUGUAGCAACAGACGACAGGAAGCAGUUUCAAUCCCGAAAUAUAGUCUUAAUUAACAAAACAGUAAUUAAUUAAGUAAUUUUUGGAAUUCAAUUGAUGGGAAGAUACGUUGUAGUAGUAUAAAAGAUAGAGUGUGUCCUAGCCCCUUUAAUAAAUCAAGAGUUUGACUGGGCUUAACCUCGCCCCUGGAUACUCUACGGAUUAAAACAAGCUAAUGGUAAAACGUUUUUUUUCUUUUCAAUAGUAAUAAUCAGUGUUAACUUUCUUUAAGAGAGGUAUAGUUAACAAAAAUAGUUUAAACCUCGGCGCGUCAUAUUUUAACAGCCAGGAAUAUACAAUCAGUUGUGUUUUAAAGUGAAUUAAUAAGCUAAUGCGUUAUACGUAGCCAGCUUCGUAGAAAGUAGGGGAAAUGACAGGGUGUUACCAAGGGAAAGCCCUUGUUUUAUUUAUCGCAAUCCAUCUGUUUUACUGACAUCGGGUGUAUUUACAUUGGCUAGUCCGAGCGAAUCGACCGGCCCCCAAGUGUAGGCGGCACCAGCCUUGGUUGUAUACCAUCAACUUUGUUUCCUUAAACUUGAAAAUUUGCUCUGCAUCUUUUCUCUCCUUGCAGGUGUAGAUUUUUGAGGUUAUACGCUAAUAUACUGCUCAUGGGAACCUUACGAUAGCCUAGAACAAGAGGGGAGGGAGUAAUGCUCUAGCUGUUUAGGUGCUUUACGAAACCGGGAUAAACACCAGCCAGCCGUGUUGGGAUACUUUCAUACCUGUGGUUACUUUAUUUCUCUCAAUUGUUUUGCUUAUCAUUACUUUGGAGCCUGUUUCUGCGUUUAAUGUUGUUUCACUUUUAUAAUUUUUAUUUAUAAAUGUAGCUUUUGUCUUAACACUCAGAAACAAUUGCAACACUUGUAAAUUCAGUACACUUGUACAAAUCAGUUUAUUUAAUUGACCCCUGGUUUGCCUUUUUUGACACCUCCCCAGAGUAGAUAAAGAUUGUUUGUUUAGGCUUUUGUUUGUUUUUCUACAGGUCUGUGGAAAAGGUUUCAAGCGUCCAGACCACUUUAAACAGCACAUGAUAAUUCAUUCAGACAGUAAACCAUUUAAAUGCGACAUCUGUCACAGAACAUUUAAUCAAAAGGUGUGUCUUAGGAAACACCUUCCAUGCAAGGAGCACGAAAAGCAAGAGAAAAAGCUGCAGAGUACACUGGCUAAAGAAAACAGAACUAAAAACAAUGUUAAAGGAGCAAAGAAGCCUACGCGUAAAAAGAAAUCAGUAGCCGACACGGACCGCGCGAAGGUUUCACAAGAGGCUGGUGAAAAUCAGAAGGCGGAAGGCGCUGACGUCUUGGAAAGCGCUGACGUUUCAAAUGAUGUUAGUCUGUUAUCAUCAAUAAGCGCCUGUCCUAGCGAAGGGUCUUCGUCAACGUCCUGUUUUGUGCCGCCGUCAUUUGUCAGGUCUACGGCUAAGUUAGUGGAUAGUGAAUACUACACGGAGCACCAAUCAACCCACACGGAUUAUCCGCACGGAAGAGACUUCUCAACAACACAGCAGUUGUCUGAUAGAACGGUAUCAAGCACUAUGAACAGUUUCCUAAGCUUGCCUCACACUAUAUUCAAUGUGGAAGAUCCCCUCUCACUCGACACAUUGCCUCCGCUUUCCUCUCACGACACGCAUGCGUUAUCUGGAAGACCGCUGAGUCAUGACAGUGCAACAGAUCUCGGUUCAAUGCUGCUUAGUACAGUGGAGCGUGAUCUGAACUCCAUUGUGGCAGAUUCAAGUUCUUUUUUUGGGAAUGACUGAACUCUAUUUGAAUAUCUCACCUGCGAAUUUUCAUCAACAAUUGUUUCAGUUGGAAGAUAAUUACACUCAGCUGUGUGGAGCUGAUUUGAGAAGCUCACCACUCAAUUAGGAACAAACUUUCCAGUCGUAUUUCCCCCCAUGCUUUUCCCGGUCACAAAUCUCUAUCUACCUACUGAACUACUUGUCUAUUUGCCCAACUCAUCAUGAAAUGUGGAUCAAAUUUCCUCAAGAUUUCUGAGCCAGUUUUUAGCAUAAGGUGAAAUAUGUCUUCAAUCAGGAAGACUAACGAUUGAGUUUUAAUGAUAAUAAAAAACCUAAUCAGUG